CCCCCCCCCCGCACCCACCUCCGCCUCCACCCCCGUCUCUCCGGCCCUCCGCGCCGCCUCUGCCGUCUCUGCUGAUUCCUCUCCCUCUGCGCCUCGCUCCCCCUCGUUCACUUUCCUCGCAGCCCGCCUCGCCUCCCGCUCCCUCCUGCGUCCUCCCCCUCCUCCUCCUCCUCCUCCUCGUCCUCGUCCCCGUCCUCCCCCUGCUCCUCUUCCUUCUCCUCCUCCAGCACAGCCCUCCUCUCUCGCUCCUCCGCUCCCCUUCUCACCCGCCGCAUCCCCGCGUCGGCCCGGCCGUCCGUCCCCGGCGCCGGCGAGCCCCGGGCCGCCCAUGAUGGGCUCCGUGCUCCCGGCGGAGGCCCUGGUGCUCAAGACCGGGCUGAAGGCGCCGGGGCUGGCGCUGGCCGAGGUCAUCACCUCCGACAUCCUGCACAGCUUCCUGUACGGCCGCUGGCGCAACGUGCUGGGCGAGCAGCUCUUCGAGGACAAGAGCCACCACGCCAGCCCCAAGACGGCCUUCACCGCCGAGGUCCUGGCGCAGUCUUUCUCCGGCGAGGUGCAGAAGCUGUCCAGCCUGGUGCUGCCGGCGGAGGUGAUCAUCGCGCAGAGUUCCAUCCCCGGCGAGGGCCUCGGCAUCUUCUCCAAGACGUGGAUCAAGGCCGGCACCGAGAUGGGCCCCUUCACCGGCCGCGUCAUCGCCCCGGAGCAUGUGGACAUCUGCAAGAACAACAACCUCAUGUGGGAGGUGUUCAACGAGGAUGGCACGGUGCGCUAUUUCAUCGAUGCCAGCCAGGAGGACCACCGGAGCUGGAUGACCUAUAUCAAGUGCGCGCGUAACGAGCAGGAACAGAACCUGGAGGUCGUCCAGAUUGGCACCAGCAUCUUCUACAAGGCCAUUGAGAUGAUCCCUCCUGACCAGGAGCUGCUGGUGUGGUAUGGAAACUCACACAACACGUUCCUGGGGAUCCCUGGUGUGCCUGGACUAGAGGAAGAGCAGAAAAAGAACAAGCAUGAGGACUUCCACCCGGCGGACUCGGCGGCGGGCACCGCGGGACGCAUGCGCUGUGUCAUCUGCCACCGCGGCUUCAACUCGCGCAGCAACCUGCGCUCGCACAUGCGCAUCCACACGCUGGACAAGCCCUUCGUGUGCCGCUUCUGCAACCGCCGCUUCAGCCAGUCGUCCACUCUGCGCAACCACGUGCGCCUGCACACGGGCGAGCGCCCCUACAAGUGCCAGGUGUGCCAGAGCGCCUACUCGCAGCUGGCCGGCCUGCGCGCCCACCAGAAG